AAAUGUGCCAAUCGCAAAUGGUUUUCGGCGAUUUGGACUUAUGAACUAGUGGAGUGACAGUAUUAUGAUGACGUAAGGGGUAUUCCGAGUUUUCUAUCAAAAAUAUUGAAUGGAUCUUUCAUUCUGGUUGCAACCAUUCAUCUUGAUGGGUAAAUAAGUUCUUCGCGUAAUUGGUCUGGAUGAGAGCAUUUGCUAAACGGACUCAAAAAUUACUCUUGUCACAAAUCGCAGUUACAAAAAAAAAUAGUGCCCAAAGUGCUUAAAACUGUUCUGACAACAUCUUGCCAAAUAAAAUACUACGUGUCAAUAAAAUUGUGAACCCAAAAUAUUUUUCUACGGCAUAUUUUCAAUGUUAGAUAUUCAGUCUAGAUUGAACAGCCACACAAGAACCACGAUGUCCAGGAAAAGAACAAGAAGCCGUUCUGAAGAAUUAAUAACGUCACAGUCUCAUGAGCAUGAUGUGCAACCCUUACAGAUGAGAAACUACACCCCCGCACCUUUUAGUGAGGACCCCGGACCGACGAAAUUGCGCGAGGAAUGUGAUUACACUAUAAAAAUAACGCACACAAUGGCAAAAACUGGUUCUGCGCCCAGACCAGUCAGGGUUUACGCCGAUGGUGCGUUCGAUCUGUUUCACCAGGGACAUGCCAAGGUGUUGAUGCAGGCCAAAAACGCAUUUCCCAAUGUUCAUUUGAUAGUAGGAGUAUGCAGCGACAGGCUGAUCAACAAGCACAAGGGUCGGACCGUCCUAAAGGAAGAAGAGCGGUACAACGCUGUUCAACACUGCCGGUACGUAGACGAGGUGCUACGCGACGCCCCCUGGUCCUAUUCCGACGAAUUUCUGGAGAAGAACAAAAUCGACUUUGUCGCCCACGACGACAUACCGUACGCGUGCGGAGACACUGAAGAUAUCUACGCCGAUUUGAAGAAACGCGGAAUGUUCCUGGCUACGCGGAGGACGGAAGGAGUGUCUACGUCCGACAUUGUGGCCAGGAUCGUCCGGGACUACGACGUCUACGUCAGACGGAAUCUAGCCAGAGGAUAUUCGGCCAAAGAUCUCAACGUUUCGUUCCUGAAGGAGAAGAAGUUCAGGUUGCAGAACAAGAUGCACGAGCUGAAGCAUAAAGGGAAGAACCUGAUCGACUCGAUCGGCGAAAGAACCGACGGGGUUAUCUCUCUUUGGGAGGGGAAAUCUAGGGAGAUCGUCGAUAGCUUUCUUUUGUAUUUCUUUCAGAAACCGAUGAUAAUGUGGAACAAUUCCAAAGAUAGGAUUAUGAACGCUAUUGCUUCCGACCAUUCCUCUAGCGAAGACGAAGAAAAGGUGCCUGCCAAAAGAAACAGGGUCAAGUAAAAUGAAGGAAAUAUUAUGUUGUUUCAAAAUGUAUGUCCUGUUCAAGAAUUAUUUAUUUAUAUUAUAUUUUCAUAAUAUAUUGAACAGUUUUUU